AUGCAUCUCGUUCCCAAGGAGCUGGACAAGCUCGUCAUCUCGCAACUGGGCUUUCUCGCCCAGCGGCGUCUGGCCCGUGGGGUGCGACUCAACCAUGCCGAAGCAGUGGCCUUGAUUUCAUCGAAUAUUCACGAGCUCAUCCGCGAUGGCCACUACUCGGUCGCCGAUCUCAUGUCCAUCGGCAAAACCAUGCUCGGCCGUCGCCACGUCCUGCCCUCCGUCGUCCACAGUCUCGUCGAACUCCAGGUCGAAGGAACCUUCCUCACUGGCACCUAUCUCGUCACCGUGCACCACCCCAUCAGUUCCGAUGACGGCGAUCUGGAAAAGGCGCUGUACGGCAGCUUCCUGCCCGUUCCGCCCGCCGAUGCCUUCCCCGACCCCAACCCGGAGGACUACCGCCCGGAGAAGAUGCCCGGCGCCGUGCUGCCGCUCAAGGAGGAGCGCAUUACCCUGAGCGAGGGGCGGAAGCGCAUCAGGCUCAAGGUGACGAGCAAGGGCGAUCGGCCGAUCCAGGUUGGCUCCCAUUAUCAUUUCAUCGAGACGAACCCUCAGCUCCAUUUCGAUCGCCUUCGCGCCUACGGAUACCGCCUCGAUAUCCCCGCCGGUACCUCGGUACGGUUCGAACCCGGCGAUACCAAGACUGUGACCCUGGUGGAAAUUGCCGGCCAUCGCAUCAUCAAGGGAGGCAACUGCCUCGCCUCGGGGAAGGUCGAGGUCAGCCGCGCCGAGGAGAUCAUGCAGCGCUUGCAAGUGGAUGGGUUCGCGCACAUCCCCGAGCCACUGUCGGCGAAUGCCGCGCCAAUCGCGCCGUUUACAAUGGACCGGGAAGCCUAUGCGCGCAUGUUCGGUCCGACCACCGGGGACCUAGUCCGGCUGGGCCUGACCAACCUCUGGAUCCGCGUGGAGAAGGAUUAUACGGUCUACGGCGAUGAGUGUGCGUUUGGCGGCGGCAAGACCAUCCGUGAGGGCAUGGGUCAGGCCUCCGAGCGGUCCGAGAAGGAGUGCUUGGAUACCGUCAUCACGAAUGCGCUGAUUAUCGAUUGGUCGGGGAUCUUCAAGGCGGACAUCGGCAUCAAGGACGGGAUUAUCGUAGCGAUCGGCAAGGCCGGCAAUCCGGAUGUGAUGGACGGCGUGCAUCCGGACAUGAUCAUCGGCACGUCCACGGAUGUGAUCGCGGGCGAGAACAAGAUCGUGACGGCCGGAGGGUUCGAUACGCAUGUGCAUUUCAUCUGCCCGCAGCAGGUCGAGGAAGCCCUGGCGUCCGGUGUCACCACCUUCCUGGGUGGUGGAACGGGCCCCACGACCGGCACGAACGCGACCACCUGCACGCCGGGCUCCACGCAUAUGCGCCAGAUGAUCCAGGCGUGCGACCGCCUUCCGAUCAACGUCGGCAUCACGGGCAAAGGUAACGACUGUGGGGGACAGAGCAUCGAGGAGCAGAUCCUCGCCGGCGCGGCCGGGCUGAAACUGCACGAGGAUUGGGGAUCGACGCCCGCGGCCAUCGACACCUGUCUGGAAAUGUGCGACAAAUUCGACGUGCAAUGCAUGAUCCACACCGACACGCUCAACGAGUCCGGCUUCGUGGAGCAGACCAUCAAGGCCUUCAAGAACCGUACCAUCCACACCUACCACACGGAGGGCGCCGGCGGCGGCCACGCCCCGGACAUCAUCUCCGUGGUGGAACACCCCAAUGUGCUCCCCAGCAGCACCAACCCCACGCGGCCCUUCACCAUGAACACGCUGGACGAGCACCUGGACAUGCUGAUGGUCUGCCACCAUCUCUCCAAGAACAUCCCCGAGGACGUGGCGUUCGCCGAGUCGCGCAUCCGCGCCGAGACCAUCGCCGCCGAGGACGUGCUGCACGACAUCGGCGCCAUCAGCAUGAUGUCCUCAGACUCGCAGGCCAUGGGCCGCUGCGGCGAGGUCAUCCUGCGCACGUGGAACACGGCGCACAAGAACAAGGCGCAGCGCGGGCCCCUCAAGGAAGACGAGGGCACCGGCGCUGACAACUUCCGUGUCAAGCGGUACAUUAGCAAGUACACCAUCAACCCGGCCAUCGCGCAGGGCAUGGGCCAUCUCAUCGGCAGUGUCGAGGUCGGCAAGCUGGCCGACUUGGUUAUUUGGCGUCCGGGCACCUUUGGCACCAAGCCGGCCCAGAUCCUCAAGAGCGGCAUGAUCGUCGCCUCGCAAAUGGGCGACCCCAACGGCUCCAUCCCGACCAUCGAGCCGAUAAUCAUGCGCACCCAGUUCGCAGCCUAUGUCCCCAGCACCUCCGUCAUGUGGGUCUCGCAGGCCUCCAUCGACGCCGGCAUCGUGCAGUCCUACGGCAUCAAGAAACGCAUCGAGGCCGUCAAGAACUGCCGCAACAUCGGCAAGAAGGACAUGAAGUUCAACGACCUCAUGCCUCGCAUGCACGUCGACCCGGAGAGCUACCGCGUCGAGGCGGAUGGCGUGCUCUGCGAAGCCGAGCCGGCCGUCGAGUUACCCCUAACGCAGGAUUAUUUCGUCUAUUAA